CGGGAAGGGGCACCCCGGACAGAGACCGAGACACUGCUGAGCAGCAUCCUGGGGACAGAGCCAGCAGGGCAGUAGAUGAGCCUUCUGUCUGCAGCUGCUGUGCUGCUGUUGACUCUGAGCUCUGGCUGCUCUUUGCCUGCCUGUGCUGAGUGAAACUAUCCUGGAGUUAAACACUUGAUGCUGCCACCAUGUGGAGCUCCACAGGGCCCAUCUCAGCGUUUGUGAUGCUGGUUGUCGCCGCUGCGCACGUGGGAGUGAAGGUGACCCCAGAUGUGAAGUACACGAAGACAAAGCCCUUACAGCUGGCAGGCAGUGGUGCCUCUCUCACCCCUCCUGCCUCUCUCGUGGGGAGAAGCCCCUUCCCAGCAGCACCAGGCAGAGCUGAGUUGCCUGCCUCAAGCUCCAUGGCCCGAGGGGCCACCACACUCUUCCCUUUUGAGAACUACACACUGGAUGAGGCUGAUUACUUCUUCAACUGCUGUGACUGCUGCCCACCUACUGCAGGGCCCCGUGGGCAGCCAGGGGAGCCAGGACCUCCAGGUCCCAGGGGGGAGAAGGGAGAUGCCGGUUGGCAAGGUCUGUCAGGAGCCCCAGGCCCUCAAGGUCCCAAAGGUUCUAAAGGAGAAAGAGGAGCCAAAGGGGAGCAAGGAGAGCGAGGAGCAAGUGGGAACCCAGGUUAUCCAGGCAAACCUGGGCUGCAAGGUGAAGCUGGAGUAAAAGGCAAUAAGGGCAGUUAUGGCUUCCCUGGACUGAAGGGACAAAAGGGGUCCAAAGGGGACACUUGUGAGAAUGGGACCAAAGGAGACAAGGGAGAUAAGGGAGAUAUUGGAGACCCAGGAGCGGACGGAGAACAGGGUGACAAAGGGGAAAAAGGAGACAUAGGGGAGAAGGGCUACUGUGGAGAGCCAGGGGGGAGAGGUGCCAAGGGGGAGCGAGGGGAAGGGGGGAUGAAGGGAGAAAAGGGGAGCAAGGGGGACGUGGGGGCUGAGGGUAUGCAGGGUGCGGAUGGAAAACAGGGAGAAAAGGGUGAGCAAGGAAAGAAGGGUGAGAAGGGGGACACAGGCCCCGCAGGCGUGAUGGGGCCUUCCGGGCCCAAGGGGGUUGCUGGCAGCAAGGGCAGCCGAGGGCCCCCGGGGAAGAAAGGCUCCCGUGGGCCAAAAGGCGCCCGAGGAGCCCCCCCGAAGCUCCUGCGCUCAGCGUUCAGCGCCGGCUUGUCCAAGCCCUUCCCUCCACCCAACGUCCCCAUCAGAUUCGACAAGAUCCUGUACAACGAGCAGGAGGACUACAACCCUGCCACUGGCAAGUUCAACUGCAGCGUGCCCGGGGCCUACGUCUUCGCCUACCAGCUGACGGUGCGGGGCCGCCCGGCCCGCGUCAGCCUCGUGGCGCGCGGCAGGAGGGUGGCCAAGGCGCGGGAGACGCUCCACGGCCAGGAGAUCGACCAGGCCUCCUUCCUCACCGUCCUCAGGCUGAGCGCUGGUGACCAGGUGUGGCUGGAGGUGGCGCGGGACUGGAACGGGCUCUACGUCAGCGCCGAAGACGACAGCAUCUUCACAGGCUUCCUUCUGUACCCGGACCUCCUGGAGAGCCUGCUGGAGGGUUAGAGGGCGCGGGUUCGCCUCUGCCCGGGCGAGGGGAACCUUAGCCUAUUGGUUUAGUGGCGAGGUUUCGUCAUCUCCUAACAAAAGCACUCCUGUUGGAAGUCUGUGGAGUAGUUGUACCCUAGAGGCCCCCAGAAGCAGGUGGCUGAGACACCAGCGGGUCCGGCGCGGGAAAGGCGUUUCGCAUUGCAGACUUGAGGUUUGUAAUUAGCCUCUUGUUCAGGUUCCCUGAUGGAGCUCUCUGCCCGACUGCAGCUGUCAUCAGACCAGCUCCUGAAAUCCUUGCGUGGCCAAAACUGCUCUGGGAAUCUGAUGGCUGUUGGUUUUGGUCAAGGCUGCAGGCUUUGAGUCUGAUGUGAGCAUAAGCAGUAGGUUUCUUGAGAUCACAGGGGAAGAUGUAAAGUGAUUUCUCACGGAAUCAGUACCUUCUAGAACUUUAGACUAGCAUUAUAUGGAGGUUUGCCUAAAAGAGCUGUGGUUGAGCAGUGGGAAAAAAUCCUCAAUGCAUAGAUUCAUGGAAUGGUGUGGCUUAGAAAGGACUUUGAAGAUCGUCUGGUUCCAACCCACUGCUUGUUGUCCUUAGGAACAAAUAUAUCUGAAGCUUGAAAAAGUAACCAAGAUGCAGAAUCCACCUUAGUAAGUAACUCAGAAAUGUCUAACUUCAGCUGAUGCUCUUUGGCUGCAGGGAAGAGGAGGAGCAGGUAGCCAGGAGCAAGCUUAGGCGUUCACAUGAGUCCUAGGUCGUGGUAACAGCCCAGAGGGCAUGUGGGCUCGUUGUUAAAAAGCUAGUGUACCAAAAUGGAACUGGAUCCUGUGAAAUAAAAGUGUGCCUUCAAAUCGUC